UAUUUUUAUUUUUUCUUAAAUGCAUUUUCUUAUUUACUUUUUAUCCACUUUUUUUUUUUGAUAAUUUAUUUAGUAUUAUUACUUUAUUUCAAUUUAUCUACUUUUAAUCACAACUUUAAUUUCAAUUUUAUUUUUAAUUUUAAAUUUUAAUCUUCCUUUCCCUUUUUUUUAUAUUUACUCAGCAACUAGAACUGUCGUCCCUUAUAUUUGUUCAUUGGUGUUUUAAUCUCUACUUCACGUUGUAUUGACUCCAGCCUUCAGGAUCGGAAUUUAUUUUUGUUAAUAUGGUAAUAUGGUUAUUCUCCCUUUUGAUGCUUUUUCUCCCUUUUCCCUUUUUCCUCUGUGUAGAUGUCGAGUCUCCAUCGCAAUCUUCUCAUUCGUCACUUUUUUCCAAUGCGGCUACAUGCAUUUUUGUGUGCAUAAAUGCUGGAUUGUACAACAGUGCACAUACAUACAUUCAAAUGCAUCAACCCCAGCAGUGGUCUCUCGAACCUCUUUCGGCUUUUCUGAUUUUUCUUAUUUUUCAUUUUGGGCUUUUCUUUUCAGCAUUACUAUAGGACAGUUAUCAUUCGUUGAUGGUGUUGAGACGAGCU